UGUCCCUGUACAUUUCGCGUCGCACAAAUCUCUUUACGGCCGUUCGCCAAGGAAUUUCAAACUCCCUCCCUUCACAGAUCCCCUCUUCGAAAAUGUUUCUUAAAACUUCAAUUAUUUCCUUUAAAUCAUCUUUGAAUGUUAGAUUUUCAUCUUCAUUCAUUCCUUCGUCACUGAAAUCAGCCAAACGCACCACUAUUAUUAAACACCUUUUUCAACUUGAUAAUUUCCUCCAUGUAAACUGCAAGUCGGGUAACUUUUCUCUUGAUGAAGCUCUUGAUUCUUUCGAUUACAUGAUUCAUAUGGACCCCACUCCUGGAGGGGUUUUUACCCUGCCGCUGUGACUUUUACUAGUCUGAUUAAUGGUCUUUGUAAGGAGGGAAAAAUUAAGAAGGCGAUCGAAUUGUUUGGAAAAAUGGUUUCUGUUGGAUGUAGGCCUGAUGUGGUUACAGUUGGGAGUUUGAUCACUGGCUUGUGUCGAACAGGUAAUGUCACUGUUGCCCUUCAGUUAUUUGAUGAAAUGAAUAAUGGGAAUGGUGAAUUUGGUGUCAUUUGCAAGCCUAAUGUUGUUUGCUAUGCUGCUAUUAUAGAUGGUCUUUGCAAAUAUGGGUUAGUAGACAAGGCAAAGAAACUGUUUUCAGAAAUGAAGUCCAAGGCUGUUAAUCCAAAUGUGAUUACUUACAACACUUUAAUUUAUGGAUUGUGCAAUACAUCUAAUUGGGAGGAGGCUAAAACUUUAUUUGCAGAAAUGUCGGAUGAAGGUGUAAAGCCUAAUGAGGUGACAUUUACUGUGCUUAUGGAUGAACUUUGUAAGAAUGGGAAGAUUGAUGAAGCCAAUGGAUUGCUCCAACUAAUGAUUAAUAGAGGUAUUCACCCCAACACAAUUUCUUACAAUGCAAUUUUAAGUGGUUAUUGCUUGGCAGGUAGAAUUGAGGAUGCAAGAAAACUAUUUGAUUCCAUGGAAAGUAAGGGGUGUAAGCCUAAUGUUUUUAGCUUCAAUAUUUUAAUGGAUGGUAUGUGCUUGGCAAAUAAAAUUGAUGAUGCUAAGGAAUUGUUUUCUUUGAUGUUUAGUAAGGGAUGCAAACCUAAUGUAGUUAGCUACACUACGUUGAUCAAUUGGUAUUGUAAGAAUCGAAAAGCUGAUGAAGCUAUUUGUGUUUAUAAGGAAAUGACCUCAAAGGGAAUUCAGCCAACAAUCGUUACAUUUAACACCUUGCUAAAAGGUCUUUUCAUAUAUGGUAAAGUUGGACAUGCAAAAAAACUAUUUGGUGAGAUGCAACUUAGUAAUGUUCCUCCCAAUUUAAUUACGUAUAAUAUUCUUAUUGAUGGGUUUUGCAAAAAUGGUUGUGUUUUGGGGGCUGUUGAACUGUUUCAUUCUUUAAGAAACGGAAACAUUCAUCCUGACAUCAUUACUUUCAAUUGUCUCAUUGAUGGUUUGUGCAAAACAAGAAGACUCAAUAUUGCUUUGGAACUAUUUAACAGAUGGCGCAAUGAAGGAUUUGUUCCAGAUGUUGUGACAUAUAACAUUCUGUUGUAUGGACUUUGUAAAGAAGGGAAGUUGGAGAUGGCAAGUAAUUUGUUAUCAGAUAUGGAGCAAAAUGAUUGUGCUCCAGAUUGCAUCAUUUUUAAUACUCUUAUGUCUGGUUUCUUGCAAAAUAAUGAGACUUCAAAAGUGGUAGAACUUCUUCACAAAAUGAAAGAGAGAAAUGUGAAGCCAGAUGCAUCCAUGGCUUCAAUUAUUCUAGAUUUACUACAAAGGUAUAAAAACUACAGUGAAGUCCUAAAUUUGCUACCAUCAUUCUCAAAAGAAGAACCUACGGAUAGUUGAUUGUCAAGUAACUGCAUUUUCUGAGGGAGUACAACUUAUCACAAGAGUCUUGCCAGAUGUCAAAGUUUCUAUGUAAAGGUUUGUGCCAACAUUGUAGUGCUCAAUAGGAAAAUAUGAAAUUUCGGUCUCCUUAUUAG